AUGAAUAUGGAGAGUCCCUCUUUUUGUAAUGAAGGUGCAGAGACCGAGCAAAGCCUCGUGGUUGUAUCCCAGAGUCUAAAUCCCGCCGCCAUAGUUUCCACCAAGCCCAAGAGAAAGGCUGAAGAGUAUGCUGAAGGUAAAGCCAAGGUGAAGGACCAACUAGAGAGAAGAUCUGCAAGGUUGUCUGCUAAACCUGCUCCUCCGAAGCCAGAGCCCAAGCCUAAAAAGACCCCUGCAAAGAAGGAAAAGAAGGUAUCCAAAGGGAAAGAGGGAGAAACUGACACUGGUAAGGAUGGGAAUAACCCUGCAGAAAAUGAAGAUUUUCAUUUAGAACAGACGACACAGAAAGCUGAAGGUGCUGGAGAUGCCAAGUGAAGUGUGUGCAUUUUCAAUAAUUGUGAACUUCUGCUGACUGUACGGUUUGGAAUACUAUUUUUUAGUCAAGUUUAUAAAAAUACAGAAUUUUGUUUUACUUUUUUUUUAAAGCUAUGUUGUUAGCAUUUCGUUUUUAUUUGGGGGGGAAGGAGAAUAUGUCACUAAUAGAAUGACUCCGAAGCUGGAUUGCUGGGGCAUUGCCUGGGACACCUUUCCCUGCUAGUUUUGAAAGACUUACUCUCAACUCCCAGGAGCCACCUUGGCCAAAAAAACCUUCAUCUUUAUGUCCUCCUUCCUCUCUGCAAUCAGCAUGGACUUAACUCCCGUAAACCCAGAGAUGGAUUGAGACCGGAUCCCCCACCCGGAAGUAGGUUUUACUAAUACGUACUUUCCAGUGUCCCUCAAAGGAGCAGCAGUUCCUUUCCUAAAUUCUGGAUUUUCUGACUGAUAAAUCUUAAAGGUAGGGUUGGCUCAUGAAAAAUUGUUAAACAACAUGCUAAAUGUGAAACUUACCCUGUACAGAGCAUCAAAUGAAGAUACCAUUGAGUUUUAUAGUAGUUUUUUGCUCUGGUAGUUCAGAAAGGGAGUUUAGAAGCUGCUGUAUACUGUUGAUGAUUGUCUGCCCAUGUCCUGGGUGAAAUGCAUGAUUAUUUAUGAACAGUAUUGGAGGGGGUGCUACCGAGGAAUAUUCAGGGGCACUCAACCAUUAAGCCACAAACCCAGCCCUAUUUUGUAUUUUAUUUAGAGACAGGGUCUCACUGAGUUGCUUAGCACCUCAUUUUUGCACAGGCUGAUUUUGAACUCGAGAUCCUCCUACCUCGGCCUUCGGAGCCACUGGGCUUACAGGCGUGUGCCACUGUGCUCAGCCAAAAAGUAUUUUUAAUAAAGCUGGAUUGGCAAAAUAGAUAUUAAUACACUGUUUUGUUUAACUGAGGAUAUACUACUAUUGCUAAAUUCAUGGAGCAAAUUAUGAGAACAUAAAAGACGAUAAUUUUACUAUUGACUCAGAUGCUGGCAAUACAAGUGCACUAGACCUUUUUUAAAAAUACAUGCUAUACACAUAUCAUAUCUUUUAAAGGGUAACUGAAAAUGACAAUCCUGGAAAAAUUUUGAAAUAAAUGCCAGAUCAUAAAAUUUCUGUGAAAACCAUCACAAACAU